UGUGAUCUGUGACUACAAAAUAAAAAAAGCAUUACUGUCUCAUUCAUUAAAAAUAAUUCAAAAUAAAAUAAAAACACAAACUUACAUAAUAAAAACACUGGAAUCAAAUUGUUGGAACAUAAGAUUAAUAGAGUUCGAUGAAUGUUUUAAGAAAUUAUAGAUGCCUACUCACAGUGUUGUGACAGUAGCUUAGUUUUGGUAGUCUACUUAGUAAAUAAUAUUCUUGUGGCUUUAAUUGUGGCAAUGUGGUAAAAUAAAAUGAAUCCUUAUAAGGAUGUUGAGGACAAUUCAUUCGUCACACCACCUCAUUUAUCGUAUGAAGAUAUAGCAACUAAGCUUUUAAGAGACCAUUACUUUCUGACAGCUUUAGAAUUACACACAGAACUGGUCGAAAGUGGCAAAGAAUUGCCUCAGCUUAGAGAAUUUUUUUCGAACCCAGGAAACUUCGAACAACAUGUGUCACGAGCGUCCGACUUUAGUUCAAUGCACCGGACUCCAAGUCAGGCUACCUUAGAUUCUUUGGAUACCGCAAGAUAUUCUGAAGAUGGUGGAGGAGAUCGUCUGGGAAGUGGAGGUGACAUAGCAGUAUUGGAGUUUGAACUUCGAAAAGCACGAGAAACUAUCAAUGCUCUUAGAGCCAAUUUGACUCAAUUUGCAGAUGGAGACACAGCUCUGGAUAAUUCUUCAAAAGAUACAUUGAAUAAGCGGCCUUUAAAGCCCCAUGAGAAGAGAGCUCUCAACUUUCUUGUCAAUGAGUACCUUUUGCUGCAAGAUUAUAAACUCACUUCUAUUACAUUUUCAGAUGAAAAUCCUGAUCAGGAAUUUGAAGAUUGGGAUGAUGUAGGCUUGAAUAUGCCGAGACCAGCUGGAUUAGAGUCUUUAUUUUGGGGAAACUCAUCAUCAUUAAACAUUCCCAAGAUUGAUGCUGCCACACAAGUUGAGUGGCAUCAAACUGAUGAUGGAUGUCAGACCGACUUAGAAGAAGGGAAUAUGUGUGUUAGUUGUCAUACUUCAUUACAUCAUGAUGCGGAAUGGAACCAUGAGCUUUUAAUCCAAGCGGAAGAAAUAGAGUUGCUAAAACAGAAAGUUAUAGCAUUGGAGACAGAAAAGUUAAAUUUUCAAAAGCUAUAUGAUGCAGCAAUUGUGAGUUUGAAUUCUCUUACAAGUCCAACAGCAGAUAGCAAAGCACUGGAACUCCAUAUACCUGACGAUAAAAUGUUGUCAGUCCAAUUGAACAUAGUCAAUCAAGCUGAACCUCGCCCUUUGACAUGUACCGCCACUGAGAACCAUUAUGGAAGUGGUAAUUCUACUCAUAGUGCAACACCUGAGCAAUUUGAGAUGAUUGAUAGUGAAAAAAACAGUGUAGUCAGAGUACAAAAAGAUGGAUCACAUGCGAGUUCGUUUGAUCCAGCCAUUUUGGGUGAGAGCUUGAGAGAUUCCCCUCUACGGCGUAGCAGUGUCACUACAUUGGACGAAACAUUAAGCAUUAAUGAUGGCACGGAAUGGACCCGUGUACAAUAUGUUUACAACAGUAUUGAAAGUAACAGUAAAGAAAUGUGGAUUGAUAGCGAUAUUCCAAAUAGUCUAAAGGUCUCAAUCUUGAAUUGGUGCUGUGAAGCCUUGAAUCUCAAUGAACCACUCAAUAAUGAUCUUCUUUCGGAGCUGGUCAACAGUGAUAAACCAAUUAUGUUACCUGGUCUUUUGACACUAGUAGCUGACACUUUACCGCGGGUGGUGUGGCAAGUGCCGGCGGUGCGGCGGUGCGAAUCAGCUGCGCUGCUGGCAGCGACUGCGGCACUUCUGCCGGCGGCCGAGCCGCGCCGCGCUCGUCUUCUUCACACGCUGCUCACGCUCCUCAAGAAGCCCGAGCCCCACGACGCACGAGCCAUAUGCGAAGCAACCUGUCUUGUUGUGAAAUGGGGCGGUAGCGGAGAAGUGUUAUCAUCCAUAGCAGAACUAUUAACUUCGAGAUCUACGGAACGUCGGCUACUUGCAAGCCAGAUAUGCGUAGCCAUCGCGCCAUACGUUCCCGUCGAGUUAUGUACAUCUCUGCUUCUCAGCUUAGUGGUAUUAAUGUGCGAGUCUAAUGAAGGAGAAAUUAGAAGCCUAGGACUGAAGUCUGCCUGCCUAAUUUGUCCCGUUGCAGACCAUAAAUAUGGACAACUAGAGAAUCUCAUGUUCAACUUCCUAAAGGAUCCAUUAGAAAAAAAUUUGAAAGAUACUGUUAAUAUAUUUAUUCCGGUACUAGCGAGGAAUGCUAUGAUUGCAGGGAAGUUCUCAGAUCUGUGCAGCCGUGUGAUAACGAAUUUCAUGAAAUCAUUGUCUGACAAUGAUACGAAGACUGCUAUAUUGUAUUUAGAUGUGAUGCAAGUAUUAGUUCUAGCUAAAUUGGCCUAUGUAGUUAAUGUACAAAUAAUUCGAGAAGUAAACAUGGGCAAUUGUGAUAUGUCAAUUAAUUUACAAGAAGUGCCCUUGGAGUGUGAUCAAGAACACUUUCUAGAUAUACAAUGUUAUGUGACGGAUGGUACCGAUUUAAAGGCUUUAUUAGGCUCAAUGAAUAGAGUUAUUAAAGAGAAGCCAGAUGUUCGAUGGUCAGAGUUAACAUGGUUCAUUGCCUUAAUUAAGCAAAUUCUGGAUGUGUCAACAAGUAAUAAAUUAUUGAAUCAUUCUGUUAUAUAUGAGAACCUUAUAACACUUUUCAAUAGUUACGUAGAUAACUUUGGCGUUCACUUCACUUCGAACAUAAUGAGGCCAAUAUUUAGUGAUAUUCUUGUGGAUUUAGAACAUAAAAUGGAAAAAUUGCAUAGUAUUAAUGUAGAUAGUACUGUUGUUGUGGGAAUAUAUUUAGUGGCUAUAUUACCUCCACUUGAAGACAAGACACUGCAUGGAGAAUUUUUACAAAAAUGGAUUAUGUACUGUAGUAUUCGUGGGCUUCCAACGAAGAUAUUCUCAUUACCAUUAAAGUGGGUGGCCAAUAAUCGACUUGACAUGCUCGAGUUCUACUUUCAAGAGCUAAGAGAACUUACUGUGAGCAGCUGCGAGAGUAGUAGUGCGUCUACGGUCCGCGUGUACAUCGGCCACUUGAUAGCAGAGGUGCUCAACGCCGUGGACGUGGGACAACGCUGCGUCGAACACCAGCUGCUGCCCACUAUCACCGCACUGCUUCAUGACAACGACCUGUCGGUGCGAGAGGCGGCCGUGAGUGCGUGGGGCGCCGUGACGCGAGCCAGCGUGACGCGAGCCUGGCCCUGCGAGGGCGCGUGCUGGCGGGCCGCCAGCGUGCUCGCCGGCCCGCAGCCCGCGCGGCUCGCAGCGCGCGCCGCCGACGCGCUCGCGCUGCUCGUGCUGCCCGCACCCGCCGCCGCGAUAAGCAUGCUAUGCGAGCUGUGUAACUACGCUACGACGGCAGAGACCAUUGCGGCGCUGGUGCCUGGGCUGCAACUCGCGCAUCACCAUAGUAGGCAUCAUCCUGCUCUCCUCCCAGCGCUCAGGAAACUAGAAGAAACGGUACAAGCUCCAUCUUUGUCGCAGUUUAAGCCAGCCAUUGAAGUUCUCGUGCACAACGUGGUAGGCGCGCCGGAACCCGCUCGGGACGCUCGGCCAGCUUCCAACCUCCACACGGCACAGGAGGUCGGCAGGCGAGUAACACAGAUGUUCCAGCAGUCUAAGACUAAUAUGAACCUGCAAAAUAUUUUUAAAAAGAAAACCUAACAAUUGGAAGUAAUGUAGCACAAAGACCCAGUCAAAUUAGCGGCUUAAAUUACUUCGAAAUAUUUUAUUAAUAUUUAUGUAAAAGAAUAUAAUGUAAAUAAUAUAAUAAGUGUAAAAUCAAUACAUACUAUAAAUGUUUUAAUCGUUGAAAUGUAAAUGUACUUAAAUAAUGUACUAAAAUGUUCUAUAAAUAUAAACAAUUCGAGCUCAAUCUAGCAAUCUGACACAUUGAUACACAUUAGUAUGUUCUAUCAAAUUGAAUAAUUGUCUAUAAAUGUAAAGACAGAAUUCAGUUAUAUUUUCAAGAUGUAUAUUUUUACAAACUAUCACAAUAUAUAUGGAAAAAUUGUUAAAUUUGAAUCUUAUUUUGUUAAGUUAAAUUUUAUUAUUUUGCAUCCUACUGAAAUCGUUUCCCAGCUGCAGUUAUUACAUAAGCAGUUAAUAUAUAACGGAUUUACUAUCAUAAUUUAAUUUUACCUGUACAUACUUCGGUCGAUUUUAUAUUGUAUAUGUUUACUAAACAAAAAAACAAUGUACACAUAACUUUUUAGAUUGAUUAUGAAUAAAAUAUUGAUAUACAGGAAUUUUAAAUACUCUGUUUUACGAAUGUUAUCCGUUCCAGUCUUAGAAACUGGGCACGUUUUAUUUCUCCUCAUUAUUGUGCUCCAAAUUAUGUGUUGAAAUUCACUUAAUUACGUUGUAACAAAUACUCUGUAAACUAAUACAUUUUAAUCAUUUAAUUUUAACUAUAGAUACAGUUAAUAAUGUUAUGCAUUCCAAAUUAUAUAUAGUGUUAAUUUAAACUAUUUAUAUUGUACUUAUAUAGUGAUUAAGAUUUUGUUUGUGGAAAGGUACAAAGUGAAGUGCAAUAAGAAUUCAUUAUACAUUAAAUAUAAUUGUUUUAAAAUUUGUCAGUGAGCCUAAAAAGUAGAAAAUAAAUAAAAAGUAUUUCAGACUCCAGCAAACUAAUUAUCUCUUUUCUGUUUUCUUGGUGAUUCAAUAGAAUUUACAAUAUUUUUUACACUAAUUUAUUUAUGUUUGUAACUAAUCGGAAUAAUUAAGCGCCAUUUAUUUAUGACAUGAAAUUGAUGAUUUUGUGAAAUAUUUUCUUUAUGGUCCAGCGGUAGCGAAAAUCCAAAAUAUGAUGUCUGGAAGUGGCCACAAUACAAAGGCAAAACUAUAAGAGCACAAAAUCCUUUUACAAUUAAAGUUGUUAUCUGCUUCAUGAAAAAUAUAUUAAUGUGAAAUGUAGGACAGUGAUAAUUUAUUAAUCCAUUAUUAUUGUAAUAAAUGAGAAACCUAUUGUUAUCCCUUUUUGGGCUGUUUUACCACUUAUUGUGUCAAAUACAUUUGUAUCUGUUAAUUAUAAUGUUAUGAGCCUGAAGUCGUUAUCAUCUUUAGAGCUUCCUAUAUGCACUAAACAAUAUUUUGUAUUUUUUAUAAUAAGGAGUUGUUAAUCUGAGUUAUUAGUUGACUUUGUGAAAAAUGGACUACAGCGAAUAGAGGGCCCUGAAACCUCAAAGGUAGUAUCUAUGCCGAAGUAGUCAUAUUUAAGCAGUAUCCAAGUAGCUUCCGCCAGGGAACGCUGACUACGAACAGCAGAAAAAACUGCAUCUAAAAUAUUUCAUGUGAAAGUAUAAUACUAUACUUUGUAGACCACAAAUACAUGAAAGAUUUGAUCACACUUCCCAUAUAUGUAAUGUGUACCUACUUAUUUUUUUGCAGAUAAUAUAUGUAAUUGUGCUUUAUAGUCAUUUCAAUAUGCUAAUUUUAAUUUUCUUUGCUUAAUUAAAAUAUUGAAUCUCAACAAAAUUAAAUUGUCAUAGUAAAUUAAAAAAAAAUCAAUUAUUGCAAUAAUAUUAUGAAAAGCUAAUUUGUGAAA